AUGCGUUCCGCUAUCCUCGUCGCCGCCAUCUCUGGCCUUGCUGCCGCCGGCCCUGUCGCUCCCCGUGACACUACUGCCCAGAACGGUAUUGAUCUGAGUGCUUUCGAUGCUGAGCCUGUUCCUACCAAGGUUGGCCCCGCUGUCGGUGCCACCGUCGAGACUCCCACCUACGACCCGGCGGUCGCCAAGGCUGAGGCCUCAAAGGAUGCCGCGGCCAACCCCAUUGCCGUCUCCAACUCCACCCUGGCCGCCCGUACGGUUACUCCCGCCGGCUGCGGAGCCAAGCAGCCCGACGGCUACGGACCCGUGUCCAGCCCGGAUGACUAUGCCACCUUCAUGAACGACCCUCAGUUCACUACCAUUGCCACCAAUGCUCAGGUGCCUGCCGGCUACAGCCUGUCGUUCUCCAACAAGCAGGGCGCCACGGAGUGCAAUACCUACUUGGGUCUCUACACCAUGAAGACCUUUGACACUAUCAAGUGCCAGCAGUACUGCGAUGCCGCUCCUGCAUGCUACGGUAUCAACGUCUACAUGGAGAGAGACCCCAAGUGGGACCCUACCGAUGCGUGCCCCAACCCUGCCAGCAUCACCAACUACAAGUGCACCCUCUGGGGUUCCGCCGUCACCGCGGAGACCGCCACCAAUGUUGGACAGUGGAGAAACCAGUUCCACGUCGGUGUGACUGGAUCGAACGGAUACUCCAAGCUUGCGCCUCCCCCUUCUUACCCCGACUUCACCGGCCCUACUGCCUUCGGCGGCGCCACCCAGGCUCCCAAGUCAUACAUGGGAUCCAAGUACUACCCCGGUGUCUACAACCCUGAGCAGUGCGCCGUCGCCUGCAAGGCCAACACCAAGUACGACCACGACCACCCCAGAGCUGACGGCACCUACGAUGCCUGCAACUUCUUCAACGCCUACGUCCUCAGCAAGAACAACGUUCCCCAGGGAACCUACUGCUCCCUGUACACCCAGUCCUGGGACAAGUCCUACAGCACCAACGUUGGACAGUGGAGAGGCAGCGACUACUACUCCGUCUCCUCCAGCUACGGAUAUACUCUUACUGUCCAGGAUCCCGGCGUGAUCGUUGUUUAA